UCUCUAUGAUUAUAAAUGGCACCAAUCCUUUUUGGACCACAAAGCCAAACUACUCUCCAUUCCAUUCCAUUUUUCACCAAUAAACACACUCUUUUCACAGUCUCAUCAUCACUCACUCACUCUCUCACUUUCCCACAAAUGGCAUCAACAGAAGAAACCCCAAUCCGAUUCGGCAUUUUGGGUUGUGCCGAAAUAGCCCGGAAACUCUCACGUGCCAUAACACUCGCUCCAAACGCCGACCUCUACGCCGUCGCCAGCCGUACGAUCGAAAAGGCCAAAGCUUUCGCCUCAUCCAACGGUUUCCCUUCUCACGCCAAGAUCUACGGUUCAUAUGAUUCCUUACUCGACGACCCUGAAAUCGACGUCGUCUAUAUUCCCCUUCCGACCAGUCUCCACCUCCAUUGGGCUGUUCUCGCAGCCAAGAAGAAAAAGCACAUUUUGCUUGAGAAGCCUGUGGCCCUUAAUGCCUCUGAGUUCGAUACCAUCGUUGAAGCUUGCGAAUCCAAUGGGGUUCAGCUCAUGGAUGGUACCAUGUGGAUGCACCAUCCCAGGACUGCUGCUAUGAGAGAAUUUUUAUCUGAUUCGAAUCGAUUUGGUCAACUCAAGACGGUACAUACAAUCUUUACAUUUGCAGCCGAUCCUGAUUUUCUAAAGAACGAUAUUCGUGUGAAGCCCGACCUAGAUGCUCUCGGUGCUCUUGGGGACGCAGGGUGGUAUUGCAUCCGGUCAAUCCUAUGGACUGCAAAUUAUGAGCUACCAAAGAAAGCAGUAGCUAUGCCUGGCGCCGUGUUUAAUGAUCAUGGCGUAAUCAUUGCUUGUGGCGCCUCUUUACAUUGGGAAGAUGGUAAAGUAGCAACCUUUCAAUGCUCUUUCUUAUCAAACAUGGCAAUGGACAUCACUGCUGUUGGGUCUAAAGGUACAUUACAUGUUAAUGAUUUUGUGAUCCCUUACCAAGAGCAUGAGGCCCAUUUUUCUGCAGCCACAGAAAGUUGGUUCAAUGAGUUAGUCACCGGUUGGGUUCCAAAGCCAAGCAAACACAUCAUUGCUGCCGAUUUACCUCAGGAGACAAGGAUGGUGUGUGAGUUUUCCAAUUUGGUAAGAGCUAUUAAAAAGGGGUCUAAGCCUGAGAAACACUGGCCAACAAUUAGUAGGAAAACACAGCUGGUAAUCGACGCAGUUAAGGCGUCGGUUGACAAAGGUUUUGAGCCUGUUGAGGUUGGAAAUUAGGCCAACAUUGUUGUUUAGGGGAGUUUGGUGUGUGCUUGUUUAUGUCAAAUAAAAGUAUGGUUAUGAAAAACAGAUUCUGUAUGCUGUGUGCUUAUUGAUGCUAUGCCUUAGUAAAUUUAAACUCUUGGCUUUUGCAGUGUCUACCAACCAAUCAUAUGAUAUUUAUAAAAAAGAAUAAUUAAUGUCA